AUGGCUCAACCACCGAAAAAAGCCAAAACAUCAUUGAAUUUGAAGCAAAAAGUGGAUAUACUGUCGAAGUUAGAUAAAGGUGUGAAUGGCACAAAAUUGGCAACGGAAUACGGCGUGACCAAGUCCACGAUUUCGUACAUCAAAUCGAAGAAAAGUGAGAUUCUAUCAUCGGUCACAAACACGAAUAAAGAUGCAGACCUGAAGCGAUUGCGUAAACCCGACUUCCCUGAAUUGGAAGAGAAAUUAUACGCAUGGUUUCGCGAUCAACGAGAGCGGAAUUGUCCGGUCAAUGGAGUGCUAUUAAAAGCAAAGGCAAAAGAUUUGUUCCCGAAGUUGUAUCCAGAUCGAGAUGCCGAAUCGUUCCAAGCAAGUGAUGGUUGGUUUCACAAAUUCAAGAAACGUGUCGGCAUUCGAUUCCUGAAAAUUUGCGGUGAGAAACUCGAUUGCGAUCACGAAGCUGUCCGACCUUUUCUCAAUCGAUUGAACGCCAAAAUUGAUGAAAUGCAGUUGACAAAGGAGCAAGUGUACAACGCUGACGAAACCGGCUUGUACUAUCGAUUGUUACCGGAAUACACCUAUGUGUCUGAGGAUGAAAAAGUAGCAGCGGGACACAAAAAGGCGAAAGAACGAGUUUCAAUUUUGUUAUGUUCAAAUGCCACGGGAACGCAUAAAGUAAAGCCAUUGGUGAUCGGAAAGGCGCGCAAACCUCGAUGCUUCAAAGGCUUCAAGAAUCCACUCGAUUACGACAACUCGAAAAGUGCAUGGAUGACACUGCCCAUUUUCACACAUUGGUUCAACACAUGUUUUGUGAAGCAGGUACGCAUAUUUUGCAACGAGAACAAUUUGCCGAAACAAGCUAUUUUGCUUGUGGACAACUGCACAGCCCAUGGAUCAUCAAUUGAGCCGCUUCAAAGUGACGAUCAACAAAUCAUUUGUUACUUUUUGCCGCCAAAUGUGACUGCAAUUUUGCAACCGAUGGACCAGGGUCCAAUCAAAAUCACAAAAUUGAAGUAUCGCAACUUGUUGCUGUGCAAAAUUAUCA